AUGCGAGUGUUUGUUCUAUUCCUCAUAGCGUUGUUUUGUGCAGUGGCGAGGAGUUAUAACAUUCUUGACAGAAAACGUAAAACCCUCGACUCCAACAACACUGUCACCAUUUCCCUGCCCAAUGAAUUGCUUAUCGAUUGUGCAAAUCGAUUCAUUAUUCACUCUCUGAAACCCAUUGAGAAGGUGACAGUUAACAUGACUUCUCACAAUCUCUUGUCAAACGAUAUUGGAUUGAGGGUGUUUCAACCACUUGAGGCCAAUGGAACUGGAGGUGAGAACGGAUAUGUCUACGAUUUGAAGUAUUACGUACCUAUUGAACUCAAAUCUGGCAGUUAUUUUGGACUCAAUAUUACCUUCUAUCAUUGUCCUCUUGAGUCUUGCCAGAGUCCUGAAGACUUUGCCAUAAAUAGUAUUCAACGAUACGUACGAAUGGUGAGCCAUUAUGUUCACAUACUUGGGGAAACAGAUAAACCACUUUAUCGUCCUGGAGAGACUGUUAAAAUGCGUUUCCUUGCUCUUACAAGACAAACUAUUUUGCCUUCAUCGGAAUCCCCUACAUGGCCAAGUUAUCGAGCACAAGGUGAAUAUUGGGAGGAGAAGAACGUAGAAAAAUUGGAACCUGAAGUACAGAAGAGACGUACAGAAGUUCCAUACUUUGACUCAAUCGAGAUGAAGGAUCCUCUUGACAACACAGUGCAACAAUGGAAGAAUGUGAAAACCCUUGAAGCUCUCAACCUCUCAUACAAUCUCAUUAGUGAUGCUGCUGAGGGAAGGUGGACGAUUGUUGCUCGUGUUCAAGAGGAAAGAGAGGAGGUAGUGUUUCAAGUGAGACACUAUGUUCUUCCUCGUUUCCAGGCCCACGUCACAGUACCAAGAGAAAUAGAGCCACAGGACGUGAAUGUCACUUUCAGUGUUUGUGCAUCUUACACAAACGGACCAACCAUGGCAGGCGUAUAUGACGCUCAACUCUGCAUCUGCAGUCAGCGAGAACUUAGUCGUCAACAGGAAACUAAGAAGAUGAUGCCGAAAAAUGAAUGCAAGAGUAACUAUGGAUCGGUCACUCGACAAUGUAUGCGUUUCAAUGGUGUACUUCAGCACACCACCUGCACUAACGUCACAGCAGACAUAGCCAAGUUGGUUGGAGGAAGAGAGCCAGGUUGGGACGAUAAAUUGGGCGUUUUUGUGGAGGUGACUGAAGAGGCGACGGGUCUGUCGAUUGUGGCUUCCAACGCAGUUGGAAUCAAAAUGUGGCCCAAGGCGAAGUUGGAAUUGAAAAUGCUUUCUACAUUCAGACCCGGUUUUCCAGUUGUGGGACAGGUGAUUUACAGAAAUAAUAAUAAUUUUACAAAGGAAUUGGAACUUAUUGUUCGAGAAGAUACCAACCCCUGUGUUGGAUUUUGGUCUUCAAGAUCCACAUCUAAAGUCCACCUCAAACGAAUUAUUGCAGUAGAAAAUGGACGAGAUGAAUACAAGUUUGUUCUUCCACCUUUUGAUUUUGAAAACCCUGCCUCCAUAGUUGUACACCAGAUUAAAACAAGUAAUGAUUCAAAUGAGAAUAUGUCUGCGAAAGUCAGUGGUAUUAACACCAGUUCCUAUUGGCUCCCAAGACCUCGUCCAGAUUGGCAAUUGCAGGCGAACAAACGCCUAAACCUGUGGGAUGAAAGAAAAGGUUUGGCGAUUCAGGUUCAUGUGAUGAAUAAGAAGAAUGUCACUUGUCCAGGUGAGGUAGAAUUACAGGUGAUCUCGAAUGAACGCCUUCCUGAGAACACUACUCUGAUACUACAUUUCCUCAAACGUGGACAGUAUAUUUCCAGAACACUCGAGUUACAAUCUGACUAUACAUGCAAACCAAGGGACGAUGUCUAUGGACAUUACGAAUGCAAGAAUGAUGGUGAUAUAAUUUGUAAGGAAGGAUGGACUGGUCCUAAUUGCCUUAUUCCUGUUUGUAACGAGGAAUGUGGCAAAGGGGGGAUUUGUGUGGCUCCAAGUAGGUGUGCGUGCAAACCAGGUUGGAGUGGCGAGUCAUGUGAGGCUUGUAUUCCCAGAAAGGGCUGUAAGAAUGGUGAUUGCAUUGAGGGUGGGGAUUGUGUCUGUCGUGAAGGAUUUGAUGGCUACCUAUGCGAUAGAGCUGCUGUUACUUUCGAGGAGAUUAUCACACCAAGAGAGAAUGAGACGACUGUAGUCAAGUCUCUUGAGGAAAAGGAGGAAGUAACAGGUAUCAGUAUUGUAAAUACUCCACGAAGAACAGUGUUCAAACAUGUGACUCAUCUCCAACUGGACAGCGAUUUCGGACCAGAGUUGCGUGCUGUAGCAUAUGUUUUGGUUGAAGGAAAGAUGGCAACCGAUUACCUUCAGAUCGAGAAUAUCCAGUCCUGCUCCUCACCAGCAAUAGCUAAGGCUUCUCAAAUCGAAGGAGGAAGAGGAGGAGAAGGAGGAGGAGCAGGUUUCCAAUUGAGCAGAAGAGUGGCAGCUCCAGGAGAAAUGGUGAAUAUGACUCUGAAUCUGACUCGUGUAUACUCUACUGGUGAUAAGAUGACAGGUACUUGUUUGUUAAGCACAAUCGAUGUUGCCACAAAGAAUUUCAACACAGUGGGAAGGCGAAACAUUGAUUUUGAAGCUAUAAUUGGUGUUCUUAAAGACAACCGAGGAAACAAUGAUCCGAACUGGAUUUCGAGCUCAGAGGACGCAUAUCGUGCAGCUGGAAUUGAUUUUACCCUUGUUACAUCAAACAAGGAUUUGAUCAAACCUCUUAUCGUUUGUCCUAUGUAUUCCGAAACUAGUUUUGGAGGCCCUCAGUUAAGGAGUUCGUCUUCUUUAGUUGAACCACCGUCUCCGAAAUUAACAUCUAAAGAUGCUGUUUCCACACCCCGUCUUCGUGAUUUCUUCCCAGAAAUUUGGCUCUUUGAGCCUGCUGUGCUGACAAAUGGAAGUUUCGAGAAGUCGCUCACAGUGCCUGAUAGCUUGACUUCGUGGGAAGCAAAUGCGGUGUGUCUCUUGGGUGAUCGCGGUCUUUGGGCUCCAGUUUCCAAGCCUACACUGACUGUCCGAAUGCCUUUCUUCGUGGAAUUCGCACCACCAUUGGUAGCUCGAAGAGGCGAAACACUCCACCUACCCAUUACCAUCUUCCUUCACCCCAAUGAAAACGCUGGCAAUCGCAUUUGCUACGAAGUUGAAGUGAGCAUGCAAUCCGAUCCAGAGGACUGGAGAAUUGUCGGUGCAACCACAUUUUCUGCCUGUAUCUGUUCGUCCCAAUCUGGCCAACUAAGUAAGGAGACUUUCCGCCUUCCCAUGAGACCACUUCGUAUUGGCCAACUCAAUCUCACUGCAACGGCGAUAGCUAGAAGUGGCACUGGCAUUUGUGAUGCUGAGGGAGUCCAUUCUUCCAAGGAGGUGUUCACCGUUUCUGACGCUGCUCGACGUUCAAUUCGUGUUGAAGCCGAAGGAGUUGAGAAACGCUUAACUGUUGGCGGCAUCUUCUGCUCACCCCAUAAUUCCUCAAAAGGCGAGCAUGAAGUGAAAGUCGAUUUGGAGGACAAAGAAAUAGUGGAGGGUUCUCUUCGAAGUUACGUGGCUGUGGGUGGGAGUGCAAUCAGUAGGGCCCUUUCCAAUCUCGACUCUCUGGUUCAAAUGCCCACUGGAUGUGGAGAACAAAAUCUCGCAAAGGUUGCACCAAGUGUCUACGUGCUCAAGUAUCUUCUCAGUCAUCAGAAUGCAUCCCAACUUCGUCAGAAUUCCUUGGCCAGAAAAGCAGCCGGUUAUAUUGUCAGUGGUUUCGAUAAUGAACUGAAAUAUCAACAUCCCAAUAAUGGUGCCUUCUCUACAUUUGGACCCGGAUACGGUGCAAAUGGAAGCACUUGGUUAACAGCAUACGUGUUUGAGGUAUUCAGUGAGGCCGACGACCUGCCCUUGUCAAUCAUCUCGCAACAAAGUCUCAGCGCUCACCCUGUUUUAAGUAAGGCUUUCGACUUCCUUGUCAGUCAGCAACAAGAUGAUGGUUGUUUUAUCGAGUCGGGCAAUAGAUUCAUGACUUUCAUGGAAAACACAGAUUCAGAAGAAAGCAAGCUACUACUUACUUCUCACGUGCUUGCCGCAUUCAGUUCUGCUGGAACUGCACUGAAGGAAGUUAAAGGCACCGAAUAUAGUAGGAGUGUGCAAUCUGCAAUCGAAUGCAUCAAAUCAAUUGGAGAAUCGUUCUCCAUUGAAGAAUGGUCAACUUCACUGAUUGCCAAAGUUCUCUACGCCACAAAGAAGUUCCCGUCGGUGACUGGGGAAUCAAUGUUGAUGGCAAUGAUGCAUGCCCUAGAGAAACGCUCGACGACAGAAUCAACAGUAAGUGGAUCUAUGAAAUGGUGGCAAGAAUCGGAGAAGCAAAGGGAGAAGAAAAUCAGCAGCUUCUAUUACGAUAGAUUGAGAGAUCUGGAAACUACGGCUUACGCUCUGUUGGCAUUGAGUCCUGAAAACAUUUCUCAUGACGAUCAAAUUGCAGUGGGAAAGUGGCUAUCAAAACAGCAAAAUGAGAAGGGUGGCUUCUAUUCUACUCACGACACUGUGAUGGCUGUUCGAGCUUUGAUUGAAACUGCUCGUCUUUUCCCAACACCUACUGAGUCUACAGGGGUGAAAAUUAGAAGUGAGGAAAUGUCGGAGGUCGACUUCAGCUUAGAAAUCGGUCCUGAAAAUGAAUUCAUCUCAAAUACAUUUGAAAUAGGAAGACAUAAUAAGAGCAGUAUCAGUAGACUCAGUCUCAGCAUUCAAUCGUCCAAGCGGGUGUGUGUCUCUGCUCACUUCACCUCAAUCUACAAUGUUGUAGAAUCGAAGAAGGUGGAUGAUAACUUUUCUGUGGAUGUAUCUGUUGACCAAAGUGGCAGCAAUGCUACUGCACUGUGCACGACAGCCCACUCCUCUAUUUGUAUUCGUCAACCAAAUCCCAAAGCAACAGGAAUGCUUCUAGUAACUCUUCAACUGCCCAGUGGAUGGAACGUGGCAGUGGGUGAGUUAAGCAAGAUUCCUCUUAAUGGAGAUCUGCAGAAACUGGAGUUUGAUGCUAAAAAGCAGGUAGUGAUUGCUUAUCUCAAAGAAUUUGAAGGCGGAAUGGAAAGUGGUGAAAGGUGCUUCAGUGUGACUCUAUACCAACGAACGUACGUCCAGAACUCAAAACCAGGUUUGAUUACUGCUCGUGACUACUAUAAUCCAAAUGAGGUAUUGGAGCAACCAUUCCAACUUGACCCAUGCCAACUCUAUUGGGAAUCGUCUAUGGGAGGACCUACUGAUGAUCCAACUGAGAAAUCAUUGACAACCACAACUCCUCCCUUCCCUACUGAAGCACCAGACGAGAAGCCAAUUUGUCCAACCUGUGGAGAUCUCGAGACCUCAGUCAUGAGCCAAUAUCUCAACAAUUCCUUGUGUCUUCAUCAUCGACAAUUCUUUGUAUUCAAGAAGUACAACAAGUCUGAAGAGGGUUCUAUUGAAGGGCUAAUGUAUGCAUUCGGUUACGGCAAUCAUUUGGCCUCAUGGAAUACCACUUUAAAAUGGACCAGCACAUGUGAAUGCGAAGUGCUGGAGAUGGGAAACAUUAUCGGUAUUUUUGGAAAUGGCAUUUACCCUGGUGACUUAAGUGUUGAUGUGGAUAGACAUGAAUUGGUCAAUUUCGACACUACAGCGAAGGGCUUAGUGGAAUUCAAGAAAGCUCUAAAAGUUGAAAUUGAUGGCCUUGAGGAAAGUAGAAGGAAGAACUGGUGCUACGGACACAACGCCUUGUUUGCUCUACAGAGGAAACUGGCUCCAUCGAAUAGCACCUUUUAA